CGGUCCCGGAAGCGCUCGGGCCUUCAAAGAGUGGCGGGCGGCGGGAGCGGGAAAACACCGGGAGCUGCGGGAAAACGAGCGCCGGGAAUUCCGCGGAAAUCGGCACGGCUGGAAGGGCUGAGUGGGCACGGGGAGCUCGGGUUCUCUGAGCUCUGGAUGGAAGCUGCAGUGGAUUUUGAGCUGCUGAGUGCCCCGAGGAUGAAACAUCUCUGGCUCUAAUGAAAUUUACCCAGCAGAGAAGAAGAAUUCGGGUCUCGGAGGAGUCUUAAUUCCCUCGUUGAGGAAAACACCUGAAAAGUGCCAAUGGAAAGUCAGUGUUACCCUGGUGGCUGCCAGGUAGUUCCAAUCUGGAAGCUGGUGACCAUGUGGCCAUCGGAAAAGGAGGAGGAGGAGACCGUAAUCCUGAUCAGUGAUGAUGAUGAUGGUGAAGUGCAGUGCCCAGAUGAUGGCGGUGAUGAAGUGCAAUGCCCAGAUGACGAUGAUGAUGACGACGAGAGCACCCAAGGGAGUUCUGUCGUGUUUGUAGAGCCACAGGAGAAAUCUCCCCUGGAAGAGCCCAGAUCAGAGGAAAUGGUGGAUGAGGAAGGGGAUUUAGUGGUUACCUACUGUAAGCAGGCGAAUGUGAUGCCUCACGCGAGACACGACUGCACCACGCACCCCUUUGAGAGAACCGAGAGUGAUAUUUGCUCCCCCCUUGGGAAAAAUGCAGAUAUUUGUGACCAGUGCUACUGCUACAUCUGUGAUAAGCUGGCUGCCGAGUGCCAGCUCUGGACCGUCCCUUCCCUGUGCCACUGCAAUGCCCACAACAAAAGCAACUUCUGGAAGGCGCAGAGGAGCUUUGCCCUGGCUGGAGUCCUGGCCACCUUCAACCUGGAGCUGCUGGAGCUGGACGCGGAGCUGCGGCACGGGGGAGAUCUCCUAGAAAAAUUCAUCAAGGAUCUUAGUGUAGCCUAUAACAAAUACCUGGGUGGAGAAAGGAUGUGUCCCCCAGGGCAUGAGUGCUGCUGUGAACCAAAAUUGCCCCCUGGGCAGUGCGAUGUCUGCAGCUCGCAGAAAAUGGAGGUGGUGUACAAGUAUUCUGAUGUUUUCGAGCUGGUAACAAGAUUUUUAAAUCAGGCAGAACAAGAGAGCCCCAAAGCUGCUGCUAUCAUGCUGCUGGGAGCAGCUAAACAGAUUGCACUGCACAAAGACCCUGCCAUGCUCAGGAACUAUCAGAACGUUGGCCACACGGAUUCCCUAAGGAUCGCUGUCCCAUUUCUGUUCCAGAGGAUCACCGUCCGACUUCAGAGGAUGCUGGUGUUGUGUGACUUCCCAAAAAUUCUGAAUCAAAAGUUUAUUGAGUUUUUUCAGUCCAUCUCCCUUCCCUGUCACUGCUAUGCCUUCUCAAACAGCUUGAAUGUGUUGCCCUGGGACCACGUGUUGCUGACCACAGUUUUAAAAGGCCAGAACAUCACUGGGCAGAGGAGACAGAAAGGAAGGAAAAUGUACCUGUGGGAAGCAUUCCCUGUUGUGGAGGCUCGAGUGGAGAAACUGCUGGGGAAAAAGAAGUAUAAGGAAGUUGUUCGGUACCUGAGAGCUGUGAAAUGCAAUGAAAACCAAAGGCUCCGGGACCUUCGGGAUCUGAUCCCGUUCUACCUGUGCAAAACGGGGCAUUUCCUGGACGCUGCCCAUUCCCUGCUGUUCCCUGUCAACAGCCUGGCCUGCUGCUCUGCCUGCAGGAUCACUCCCUGCCAGUUCAGUGUCUACCUCAAGAUCUUCAGGACGGGCUGUGUUCCCUCUGGGAAUGACGUGCUGGAGACAGGGUCCUGGGUUACAGCUGGCUCUCCCCUGAGGAUCUCUGUGCUAAUUAAGCAGGCACUCAAGCUGCUCUACAACAGCGAGGUGCUCUACAGGAACGCCAAAUGUUGGAGUUCCUUCAUCAUGAUUUUGGCGAGCAGUUGUUCGCUGGAGAAGAGAGGAAACGUGGUUCCCUUAUCCCUGGAAGAGCCCCCCCUUGACUUCCAAGAGAAUGUUCUGACUGCCACUGGCAACUUCCUGGAGGAUCUCAAGUCUGGAGUUAACGUCUCUUUACCAUCUUCUAUUUUCUCUGGUCAGCUGCACCAGGAGGCUUCUCUGAUCCUGGCAGUGCAGGCAGUGCAGCAGAUGCUUUGUUACGACCUUCCCCACUUGGCUUCCUUCUUAGAGAUCAUCCUGGCUUUUGGGAAGAACUUCUGGGCUCUGAGGCUGUUGCUGGACCAGCUUUCCUGUGCGGAGCACAUCCUGUGUGGCACUGCCAACCUGCUCCUGCGGGAUCUGAGCCAGGAGAAAGCCACGGUGCUGACAGUGUGGCAGAACCUUGGCCCCCAGUACGUGGGGGAGUUCCUGUGCCUGUUCCUCACCUGCAGACACAAGAGGAUGCAAUCCGUGGGGCUCUUCAGCCUCAGGCUGGUCAUAGACAACCUGCACUUAUGUCCCUGGGUAAAGCAGCUCUGCACCUUUUUCCAGGAGUCAGGCCUGAGGCGGCUCCCCUUCGGCACCACGGUUUACCACGAAGUUUCCAAGUUUGUCAGUGCUUUUGAGAAGCUCUAACUCGCACCGAAUCCUCGGGAACGUUUUCCAGUUGGUUUUUCAUCCGAGCAAGCUCUUUCCCGGGGAGUUCCUUGGGUUUGCUUCGGUUGUCACCUCCAGGAGCAGUCAGCUGAGAAGUGACACCGCUGGCUCUGGGGUGGGAGCAGAGCCACGUUUGGGGAGUUUCUCGCAGUUCUACAAAUUAAGGAGUUGUUGGAAGAGGCGGCCAGGUUGGGGUUGUUUUCAGGAGCUGAGAAAAAGCAGGGAAGCGCAGAUGGGGCAGGAAGCAGCAAAGAGUUUUUCCUCCCGUUUGGGGACACAAACCUUGCAGGAGGCAACUGCUGAGAGGGAGAAGCUUAAACCAGGAAAAAUGGGAAGUUGGAAACUCCCUCUGCAGCAGUUUGGGGUCGAGUGCCGUUUGCACAGCUCUGACUUUUUUAGGUUUCGUUCUAAACCAAGAGAGAACCGAGCUUUAUUUUCCUCAGACAACCCCAGGGAGGGGCAGCGAGGAGCUGAGUUUAUUUGGAAUUAACCCAGAUUUCAGGCUGGGCUUUUGUUUUUCUGCUGCAAAUAAGGUUUAGGUGGGUGGUGACGGUUUCUGUGCAUUUCCCAAAUCUUGGUUCUGGGGUGGGAAUUUGGAGUUCACUCCAACCUGGGGAGGUGAAAACUCUUUGGAGCCUGGUUUGGGCUGUGCCCCAUUUAAUAUGUGACCAAUACCUGCACAAUUCCAGGAGUCUGGGGGAUUCUGCAGCUCUUGGGAUCCCAAAUAUCCUACAAAAAAAAACAACAGAAAAAAGCGCCUGGAUGGAAACGUGACACCUUGUUAAUUAAAACUGUCCAAGUUCCGUUGUUA